AUGAGCGACGAGGUGCCGAAAUCGCUUGCAAAUGUAAAGCACAUCAUCUUGAUUCUCUCGGGCAAGGGCGGCGUGGGCAAGUCGUCCGUCACCACGCAGACUGCUCUCACCCUCGCGUUGAAAGGCUACAGCGUGGGCGUAUUAGACAUCGAUUUGACCGGGCCCUCGCUUCCGAGGAUGUUCGGCGUGGAGACCAAACAGGUGCGCCAGUCGGCGCAGGGCUGGGUGCCGGUGCGGGUGUACACGGCGCCCGAGGACAGCCGCAAAGGCAGUAUUCUGCUCAUGCUGUUGGGCUUUCUUUUGGGCGGGCGGGACAGCUCGGUGGUGUGGCGCGGGCCCAAGAAAACGGCCAUGGUGCGCCAGUUCUUGAAGGACACCGUGUGGAGCGGCGGGCCGGGCCUGACCCCGUUGGACUAUCUCCUCAUAGACACGCCGCCAGGCACUCUGGACGAACAUAUUGCGAUUGCCGAGGAGCUCCGGUGGGCGCAGCCGCUCGACGGCGCCAUCAUCGUGACCACGCCGCAGCAGGUGGCCACGGCGGACGUGCGCAAGGAGAUCAACUUCUGCCGGAAGGUCAACUUCAACGUGUUGGGCGUGGUGGAAAACAUGUCGGGGUUCAUCUGCCCGUACUGCGCCGACUGCACGAACAUCUUUCUGAGCGGCGGCGGGCAGGCGCUCAGCGAGUCGCUCGGCCUCGACUUCUUGGGCAAGAUCCCCAUCGACCCGUCGUUCGUGGAGAUGAUCGAGAUGCAAGACAGCGCGGCGCAUUCCGACAAGAAGUUGCUUGACAUGUACGAGACGGCCCACCUCCGCCCGGUGAUGGGCGCCAUAGUGGACAAGGUCUUGGCCAAGGGCCUUCCGAGCAGGCUCCCGGAAACGGAGUAG